AUGUUUACGGUCGUACGAGCAACACGGGCCACUUCGGGAAAGGCGAUAAGUCGAUGUUUGUUUGCAUCUGCCAAGAGUUCAAAGCCGUUUUACAGAAGAUUUAUCACUCCGACUACGGUCGGAUUAGUUGCGAUCGGUGGAAUUACCUACUACGCCUACACCCACCCGUAUGAUAAAAAUGCCUAUAUUGAAAGUCUUGAAGAUCCCACCGCGUAUGAGGUGGAAACAUUAACACCUAAACAGGUCGCUGCCCACACAAUGCUGUUAACUCGAACGGGAAGUCGUUUGCUGGGCAAGCUUAUGGAUAUCAAAGUUCCUUUAAAAUGGCGUGAGCCGCUCUACUCGCGUGUCUCCAAAUGGGUGGGUAUCGACGUUACCGAAUUCGCCGGCACCUUCGAAGACUACGAAACGCCCAACUCCUUCUUCACUCGCUCUCUCAAACCCUCCGCGCGUCCGAUUCUGCCGUGCGACGAGCUUUUGCUGUCUCCCGUCGACGGCACCGUAUCCGUUCUGGAAGAGCAUCUGCAUCCCUCCGACUCCGUGCAGCUUCGCCAGGUCAAAGGCGUGCGCUACUCGCUCCGCUCCUUCCUUUCGCACCCCUUCCGCAUGCGAGACCCUUCCAACUCGCUAUAUUCCGCCGUGCUCUACCUCUCUCCCGCGGACUACCACCACAUCCACGCUCCCGCGGGACUGGCCAUCGAGGAGCGCGUCCACGUCCCUGGCCGCUUGCUGCCCGUUCUGGAGGCCUAUGCGGCGCACGUGAAAGGCCUCUUCACGCUGAACGAGCGCGUGGUUCUGGCGGGAGAGUGGCCGUACGGGUCCUUCGCGCUGGGCAUGGUGGGAGCGUACAAUGUGGGGUCCAUCCGCAUCGCCGGAGAUUCCGUGCGCACCAAUCUUCCGCACGAGCUGUUGUAUGAGGGCCAUGUGCAUCGGCGCGUGUUCGAGGCGCCGUGGAAGGCCGCGCAGGGCGAGCGAGUCGGGACGUUCGCGCUGGGGUCCACGGUGGUGCUGGCCUUCGAGGCGCCGCAGUUCACCUGGCUGGUGAAGCCGGGCGAGAAGGUGCGCGUAGGACAGCCCAUCGGGUUCGUACGACGCUCGGAGAGAGUCCGGGAGAUCGUGGACUCCGAGUAUCCCGCUAUGGUGGAAAUGGGGAAACGGGGAAACGGGGAAACCGGAGAGAGGAUGCAGACGAGAGAGGAGAUCAUGUCUGGUGGAAAUGGGGAAACUGGGGAAACUGGGGAAAUGGUGGAAACUGGGGAGGAGAUGAAGAGGAUGGAAGGUCAAGAAGAGGUGGAGACUGUGGAGACUGUGGAGACCGUGGAAACCGUGGAAAUAGAGAAGGGAAACGAGUUGGAGAAACCGGAGGAAUUUCCGACAGUGUUGGAAGUGAUGAUUAGCGAGGUGGUUCCGGAAGUGGAGACAACGCAGAAGGAAGAAGUGGAGGAAGAGGAGGAGGAGUGGCUGCUUGUUCCCGUGGAGGGAGAGAAGGAUCCUGAUUUGUGGUAA